ACUCAAUUGUUGAUAUAAAGAUCUGGAAGCAAUAAAGGUUAAACCGAAGCUUCCAAAUUCUGGAAAGAGUUUGUCAAGGAAUUUUAUGUUGGAUAAUGCCCAAUUUUUACCUGGUUCAGUUGAAGCGCAACAAGGAAUACAAGAAGAGCUUCAUUCUAGUUUAAGUGUUGAGAAUGAUGAAUCUGAUGAAGAGAUAGAUGAGGUUGCGCUGGAAUCGAAUAUGCAGAGUGAACAUUCAUCACAAUCUUGUCAAAGUAGUAUUUAUGAUGUAGAGAAAAUGGCAAUCAAAUUACUUGCCAUAAGGGCAUUCACAGCUUUCGAGCUGAGAAAGAAGCUACAGGCAAAGAAGUUUCCUCUUUAUAUGGUUAAUGAUGUUAUAAUGGAUCUUCUGAGCAGGGGUUUUAUUAAUGAUUCAUUGUAUGCAGAAAGUUUUUCCCGUUCUAGAUGGUCUUCUUCAACCUGGGGCCCUAGUCGAAUCAAACAAGCAUUGUCCCAGAAAGGAAUAAGUCGAGUUGAUGCAGAGAAGGCGGUAAAACUGGUUUUUCUGGAGAGCGAUCCAAACACAGAGGAGGAAGAGCCAAUUAUGGGUCUGUCGAAGCUUUCAAUGGAUCAUCUUCUUGCUCAGGCGACAAAGAAGUGGGAUCGUAGUGGGAAUAUUCCCAAUGAGAAACGGAAAGCAAGGGUUAUUAGUUGGCUUCAGUAUAGGGGGUUUAACUGGGGAGUUAUUGGUUUUGUCUUGAAGAAGUUAGAAGCCAAAUAUUCUCCACUAUGAGAGAAUUUCAACUCUGUUAUGUUCUCUUCUGCAAACUAAUUAAUAGUGCUUUCAUUUAAAUUUA